AUGAUGAUCAAUUCUUCACCAGAGUAUGCCAUAACGAAGCCGGGGAUGUCACAUUAUUUGUCAAGGAAGCGCGACAAGCCGCUCCGAACCUAUGGGCGGAAGGCUGCUUCAACGCCAGAACCACGAGGUGAACCACCUGCAAAAAGGGUCCGAGUGGAGCCUCAAGCCCAUAUCAACAUGGAGAGGAAAUUACCAGCGAUGCAAAAUCCGUCGUCCAAGAAAGAGCAGUCAGAUUCAACUUUGAAGUUGGAAAAAGAGUCGCCGCCGCUACCUAGCGCCGAAGCAGCAACACGAUCGUCCAUCUUACAAUAUUUUAAGCCUGUACCGAUCGACAUGAAGAAGCUAGAACAUAUAGAAAAGAAGGGAGACGUGCAUAGAAACCCAGAGCCGGCGCUUUCGCGGGUCGUGCGAAGGCGAAGGAAGGCUCGACUGCUAAGAAUCAGAGCGACUUCACUGCCAUCAGACGAAUCCGAAGACGCUAUGAGCCUCUCGGGCAGAGACGAAACAGAUAGCAAUGCCUCGUCGCCGGAUGGGAAAAGGAAAACAUUGUAUGCUAGAGAGGGCAGUGUAUUGAGUCAGGGACGGAGGGACAGCACUUCAUCGGACAUCAAGCCUGGUCUUGGGACAAGAUCGGGGCGUUCGCCGACAGUGCAAACAACACUGAAUAUCUCCUCCAAGGCGGCGUUUGCAGAGUGCAAGGUGUGUAAUAUUGUUUGGAACCCGCUGUACCCGGAUGAUGUGAAGUAUCAUGACAAGAGGCACAAGACUAUGGUGAGAAAGGCGAAGAAGGCGGAUGACUUGUAA